AUGGCACGAACAGCGAGCGUGGCCGAGGGGCAGGCUGGAGUCGACGUCGACAUCCGAGCCGAUGGCGACGUGACGGACGAGACGCUGCGCACCAUUGUCUGCCGAGGUAUUGAGCUCAAUGUGGAGGAGCUCGGGGCCGCAUUGGAGCAGAUGCGCAAAGACAUGACGGAAAUAUUGGACAAGCACCUCUUGCUGGACUCACGCCUGCGGAAAGAUUACGAGAAAGAAUAUGAGCGGCUGCGAUUGAAGGAGGAUCGGACCAACAGGGUCAAGAACUGGUGGGUGGGCCAUGGCAGUCCAGCCGAGAACGCGCUGUUUGAUCACAUUGGCCAGACCCCGAGUCUGCGGCAAGAGUUUAUCCAAACCGAGCAUGGGUCCAAUGGCGAGCUGACCUUUCGAGAGGACAGGGUGCGGGUAUGGCUCCUAUAUGUGUGCAGGUUCAACGAGCUAGCCCUCACCUACACGCACAUUGCCGGAGGUCUGCCGCCACGAGCCUCUGUGUAUCAAGGGCUGUCCUACAAAAACGGCGUUGGCCGGCAACGAUCUGCGUUUUUUGCCGAGAAGCAGCUCUCCAUAUUGACCCGCGUGAGCAAGACCUACUGGCUGUCCCUGAACGAACAGCACACCUUUCGAUACAUGGACCAGGAAAUCAGCACGCUGAUAUUCAUGUAUUUGCUGCUGUGCAAGCCUCUGGAGCACAUGCUGAGCAGCUGGCUGCAAAAGCGGGGCGGGCUGGACACCCCCGACGACGAGAACGGCAUUCACAAUGCCGAGCAGGACGACGAAGAUUUCCUCGACGACGAGUUGGAUGAAGACCACAUGAGCCACGACGAGACGAUGACAUUGCGACGCGAGGUCCGGGACGCUCGAAACCACUACAACAACAGCCACCUCCUCUUCAAUAUUGCGCCCCUGCAGACGAUGGUCAGCCCAGCCACCAUUUAUGCGGCAUUUCGUCGACAAAUGACCACGUACCUGCAUCGGCCAAAGCUGGGGGUGGCCACGUGGCGACACGCCGCAACCUUCUGGAUGACGACGUUUGUGAUUAACCGACUGUCGGCCGAGACGACCGGCGCCCUGGGCAGCCUGAUCCACACUCAAGCUCAACACUCUGGGGACACGGCCCAGCGGGCCUAUGCGCGCACAGCGAGUGACCAUGUGCAAACCAAAAUGUCGUCGCGACUGAUGCAUCAAGUGGCCUCGCAAAAAUGGCAUGCUUUGUUUGGACUAGAUCGCAAGCGCAGCAUAGCCGAGUUGACCGCGAACCAAGAAGCAUUGGAAGCUCGCUAUCCCAUCAGCUGGAACCCGGUGACUGACCUCUCGCCCGAGGCAAACGGGCGUAUCAUGAACACGAGGGCCGAGCAUGACGUACCCUACAUGACCCAGCUGGCCAAGCAGGCGAGCAUCUCGUGGGGCCACAGUUUCAACAGCCAAGAACAGUUGGACCUGGCUGCGGCCAUUGACCAGCACCGGCCGGAAGAUGGAUGGCUAAUUGUUGUUGCACCGACAGGCAUGGGUAAAACAUUUUGUACCCUGCCCAAGCUGGGCUGUCGCCCGCAUGCCGGUACGGUGCUGUGGAUUGUGCCGUUUGUGGCCGUGGCCAACGAUUUAUUGCGGCGAUUUCAAGGCGCAGGUCACAGUGCCCAGCGAUGGCUUGGUCCCUCUACACAGGUGGCAGAUGGCCUGGACGUGCUCAUCGUUACGACCGACAUGUUUGUCCGCGUGGGAUCUGAAUCGCUACACGGAAAGGUCUGCUUUCAGCGCAUCCGCACCGUGGUGAUGGACGAGGCGCACACGCUCAUCUCGGAUGCCAGCUACCGAGAUGUGAUGGACGAAGUCGCAGCCAGUGUGGGUUCUGGCGGAUGGACCAACAUCAAACGCGUGGCGUUGACGGGCACACUUUGCAUCGGGGACCAGGAGCAUCUGUUUCGAAAGCUGGGGCAGCAAGUGGGGGGCAAGGUGUACCGUUUGGAGACGAUGCGUCGCGAUCUGCAGCUGCGUGUGCUUCACGGAAACCAGCUUGAUUUUUUGUCGCAUGUGCAAGCCAUUGUGGACAGGCAGCGGGUGAUGCGUCAGGCGAAUGGGAAGCGUGUGCACAUGAUGGUCUUUUGCGACACUGUGAACGAGGUGAAGCUGCUGUGUGACCAGCUGCACGCACGCGGCUACAUGGCCUUGCCCUACUACACCGACCUGGAGGAGAAGGCGCAAAAGGACCACGUGGCACAGUGGCAACGGGGUGAAUGCGACGUCAUUGUGGCCACCAGCUGCCUCAGCACGGGUGUGGAUCUGCUCACCAUUCGCCACGUGCUGUGGUAUGGCAACGGCUACAACGUCUAUACGCUGGCCCAGCCGCUUUGUGACGUGUGCGCAGGAACAGCACAGCGCCUGGAGCCAGCAAUAGCUGCGCGCCAGCAGCGCGCUGCCCAAGCGUUGAGUGUGGCGCAUGUGGAAGCAGAGCCCGAGGCGAUGGCGGAGGAGGAAGAUGUGUUGUCUGAGCCACCUGCAGCACGGCUCGAGGAAGAAGAAUCGAUCGGGCCAGAGUCCGCUUUGGAUGUAACUUCAGCAUCGAACGUUGACACAGUCGCGUCCCCAGGACCAGGUGCCGUUGCAGCGCAGUCGAGCAGAAGCACUCUACGUGUCCAGGACACGGCUGUGGUGGCGACAAAUGCAGGGCCAAUGACGGAUGCUGCCGUGCCACGGAUACAGACGAGUGCUGCUUGGAUUGAUGAGGCAGCUACAGCAUCCAUGUCGGUGCCAGCUUCACCCAUGAUCUCUGAUGCUGAUGACGAGGCGCCUUUACAGCAAGAGGCGCGUGGCCCGGUGCAAACCACGAUGGCAGAGGACGAGAGCACGCCACAGCCAGUUAUGCAGUCAGCAGCACAGCCAACCCCCACGAAACACGCGCCAACCCCGUCGGCCUCGAUCAUUUGCGUGCCAGUACCAUCGGCCUCGGGUUCAACCUCCUCUCCGGCGCGAUCGGCUGCAAGCUCAGCCUCGGGUACACUGCGGCGUAAGCGAGUGCCGCUGGCAGCUGAAAGUACAUGUACCCCUGGGUCUGACGAUUAUGACGACGAUGGCAACGGCGUCGCUACACGCCCUGCUCCCUCAACAUCCAAGCGAACGGCAUCGGACGUCACGUGCACAGCUGCUGCUUCCUCAACAGCGGCUCAAGCAGCGAGGACGCCUCUUCCCGCAGCAAAACGAGCAGCAUCGAGUGGCACGCGCACCGCUACCGUUGCCGCUACUGCUACCACUUGCUCUGAAGCCACGGUAUCUGCUGCGGCUACGCCACCGAAUCGGCACAACGUCGCGCCAAUAUUUCGGUCGAAAUCGGGGACAGAAAAAAAAUAUCUGAUGAACUACGCGGCGGCUGAAAAGUUUAUUAGCGUUCUGAAGUUGAUGGAUGAUUACUGCAUGCGAUGUACCAUUCGACAGGCGAAACCCGUCCUGAAGGCCGGGCAUCGAUGCGUAUGCAAUCGUGUUUGUGAGCGGUGUCACUUCGGAGGACACGAGACAAGUGAUUGUUCAGUGCACCUCGCAUACCCCGACAGAGCCUGUUGCUACGCUUGUGGAAUGCCAAGGAAGAUUCGUGGAUGGGAUACAUGGGAUCACCGUUGCAGGCAGUCCCAGGGGCUGAAUUCGGGCCUGAGCUGUAUCCUCCUUUAUUCGGACUGUCAUCAGGGGCUGCGCGACCUGGCCCAGCGGAUGGGCUACAACUUGAAGGAAAUGACAUUGAAGGAUUUCGAUACGCGCGACUUGUUUGUCAAGUGGCUGUACUCGUCCGGUCCUUGUCCAUUUCCAGGGCGUGGGCAUUGGCGUCUUGUGGAAUUUGUGUUUGAAAGUGCGAGGAUCCUGCUCCCCAAUGAGGCGAAAGCCCAAGUCGGCCCCGACAGUUUUCGCUAA